AUGCAUACACAGUCUUACCCCAGUCGCAGUGGCCCUUUUUGGGAUUGUUCCAUCCUAUACCAUCCCCAUCAGGCUUUGAUAGUUUGCCAACAUACUCCAGACAUGUUGCGCACUCGAUCCCAACGGUGCGCCAAAGCCGCGCGGCACGUGACUCUUACUGUGUCAUUGAACGUGAAACUGAUCUGCUCAUGUCUAUCCUACUUCUGUGCUUGCUCUUUAUUCACACUAUCAACUUUGCAAACUAGCAAAUCCUUUCAGAAGGCUCUGAACAGUAGGAUACUUAUGAUAGUCAACAUGGAGAAGAUCAGGAAAUCAGUCAUUGGAAGCUUCGAUCCCAACACCGACGUCCCUGACCUGAGUGACAAGGUUUACGUGGUCACGGGCGGGAGUGCUGGAAUCGGGUUCGGAAUCGUCGCUCAUCUCCUUCAGCACAAUGCUGCCAAAAUCUAUUUGCUCUCCAACAAGGAACAACACGCAAGCGAGGCGCAAGAAGCUCUGAAAGAAUGGGGCGAUGCUAGCAAAGUCGAAUGGAGACAAUGUAACCUCGAGGACCUUAGACAGACUGACGAAGUCGCGAGAUCGCUGGCCAAAGAGUUGACGAGGCUGGAUGCGCUCGUGUGCAAUGCUGGACUUGGAGUAGGCGUCUACAACGAAACAAAAGACGGAUUGGACAGUCACAUGCAGGUCAAUGUCUUUUCGCAGGCCCAUCUCACCCUCACUUUGUUACCGGUACUCCAAAAGACACAGGACUCUCGCAUCGUCCACCAGUCCUCUGAUCUCCACCGGGCUUCCAAGGCUGAAUGGAAGUUCGAGUCCAUUGCCGAGAUCAAUCAGAAUAUCGGCGCUACCUAUCUUUACAAUCGUACCAAGCUCGCCCAAAUCCUCUUCCUUCGUCAACUUUAUGCUCGCAUCAAGAAGGGCCAGUUUGGACCCGUCACCGCAGCCACUGGCCUGCCUUAUAUCAACGCGACUCAUCCUGGUGGUGUAGCGACAGACCAACAAAAACAGGCUGAGGAGGCAUAUGGUGUACUGGGUAAAGUGGGUGUCGCAGCGGUCCGUCCGUUCAUGAAGGAUCCUGUCAGUCAGGGAUGUCGGCCCGCCUUGUUUGCAGCGACGUCGGAUGAUAUUGUCAAAGAGCAGAUUCAGAACGCGUACAUUGUACCUGACAAGAAGGUUACGGAACCGUCUGAUCAAGCCAAGGACAACACUUUAUCGCUGAAUCUUUGGAGAUUGACCAAGGAGAUAUUAGAAUUGAAAGUUGGGGAGUUGCCAUACGCAAUGCAGAUUGACCCUGUCGAUCUAUAG